GUGUGGACUCGGGCCAGCAGGAGGAGGAAGAAAAUUGGAAGAAGAAGAGAGAAUGGGGAAUGAGAAUGGGAAGGGAAUACUACCACUACUAAUACGAAGAAGCUUAUUUUGAGGAAUGCCGACGACAACGUGCAAUGACCCCAACAACAAACUAACAAUCUUCCUCCUCCUCCUUGUUGUUAUGCUUUUUUAUUAUUCUUAUUCUGAUUCUGCCUUAGUGGGCCAGUGGAUAUGUUGUUGUGUUGUUCCGAUUGAUUCCUAUUGAACGAAUACUAUCAUACUUCACAGCUUCUCAAUCACAGACAGACAGCACCAGGGUGAGUGAGUGAGUGAGUGAUUGGGGCAGGAGGGGCUGCUGCUGCUGCAACUGCAACCAAAAACAAGGCGAUGGCCUCUCUCGAGUUGGCCAAUGCUGCUUUGAAGGAAAUCGAGAGGCUGCGUAAAGAGCAAGAGCUUGUUAUUCGCAAAAUUAACAAUUAUCAUUCCAAGCUCCAGCAGUCUCCUGAACAAGCGGACCACAUGAAAGAUGAUUCUUGGAUAAAGCUGCGGACUUACUACAUCAAGGCGAAGACCUUGGCUGAAGAUGAAGCAACUGUUUCCACUAAUUGCAUUGAGCAUCUGACUGGGUUGUUACCUGGCCAAGCGCCCCCCAACCGCAAGAAACCAGGCGGCUCCAUGUUACAAACAGAUCCCAACGAAAAGAAACGAAAGCGAGUUAGAGCAGAUGAUUCAACUCGACUGUCUUCCCCCACUCAGCGAAGCACAAGUGUUGCCUAUAAUAAUUUAGCAUCUGGAGAUCAGGUAGCAGCUCGUAUUUCAGGCGAUGGUGCAGAAAAUGAUGAGUGGAUCGUGGUGAAAUUGACGAAGUAUGACCGUGAAACAAACAGGUUUGAAGUGAUUGACGAAGAGCCUGACGAUGAAGGAAAUGGCCAAAGAAAGUACAAGUUACCUGCAUCACAAAUCAUUCCUUUUACAAAGAGAUCGGAUGUGUCCAACGCACCAGACUUCCCUGUGGGGACCCAAGUUCUGGCUGUUUACCCUGGUACAACUGCAUUAUAUAAAGCAUCGGUUGUUGGGCCUCAACGCAAGAAACGAAGCGAUGAGUAUUCACUUGAGUUUGACGGCGACGAAGAAGACGGAGUAGCUGGCCUUCCAACAAAGACCGUCCCUUUCUAUCACGUUGUGCAACUACCAAGUGGACACCGGCAAUGAUAACACACAAGAAUAACACCGAUGCCAGCUCUGAAGUUUUUUGGUAAUUUACUUCCAUGUGCAUGUUGUAAAAGCCAUCCAUCAAAUUGGAUGCAGGGAGCACUAAGCUUCUAGAAAUUGUACGAUGUUAAAUAGAACCAUAUCAGGUAGAACUCGGUUUUUAUGCUUGCUCCACUCCACCACCAACACGUACAGAUGUAGAAGAUGGAACAAGAGCUAGAGAGCUUGGAACUUCCUACUGUAAUCAUGGCUGGUAAUGAUGGAGCACAAGCCUAUACAGACUUUUCGAUCAACCAUCUGAUUAUGAUAGACCUUUGUAUAUACUAUUUUUACUGGAAAGAAAGCAUUUGUUCACAAUUU